AUGUAUGUCUGCUCCUUGGGAUGGCGGAGCGUCAGCUGUUCUAGGCAAGGAAAUAAUGGCAGACUUUGGAUUGGAAUACCUAGCAGAUUUCUAUCUUCCAAAAAAAGUCAACCUCCAGUAAAUCACUACAAAGUGCUCGGCAUAUCUUCAAAAGCAACACAAGCGGAAAUUAAAGCUUCAUUUUACAAAUUGUCAAAACUUUUCCAUCCCGAUGUCAGUGAUCAAAGUGAAGAGACUGCCACAAAAUUUAGACAAAUUACAGCAGCCUAUGAGAUUCUUGGCAAUUUGAAAUUAAGGAAAAUGUAUGAUAGAGGACUUUUGCCACAUCAUGAAAAUGUUUACCCUGGAGUUGAAGAUGAUUAUAAUGAGCCUGAAGUGAAAUCUCCAUAUAAGAAAACAGGAAAACAGCCAGCAACUGGUAGAACUACUAUUUAUGACUUUGAUGCAUGGUCUAGAAUGCAUUACGGAACUGCAAUGAACCGCAAAGCAGCAGCCAAGGGAAAGUGGCAUUCUCAAAACAAUGCAAGAGAAGAAAUUAAUGAAAAUACUAAAUCAGAUCAUACUGUUGGAUUGGUUUUGAUAGGUAUCACAAUUGUGGCAUUACUUCACAUAGCAGCCCAACCCAACUAUGAUGUACCAAAUGAUAACAAGAAAUGA